AUACACAACGUAUUUUCAUUUUUCAUUAAUGUAUGAUGAUAUGUCGAAGCCACAUGUACAUACACGUGUUUAUAUCAUUUUCUCUUCAAUUUUAUUUUCAUAAGAUCGCAGUUAAACAUCGUUAAUUAUAGACUAAGUAGAUUAAACUGCUCCAAAAUGAUUCCCUUUACAUGAACAAAAUGUCAUCGCAUUCCCCUUAAAAUAAAGAUUCUCUAGCAAACAAGAUAUCCAACAAGAUAUUGCAUCAUGUCAAAAAAAAUUAUUUGUUUAUUUGAUGUUGAUGGCACGCUCACUGAACCACGACAGCCAAUCAGUCCUAGUAUUGAAAAGUUUCUUCUGGAGACUGUGAAAAAAGAGUUUGACAUUGCGAUUGUUGGAGGAUCUGAUUUAAACAAGAUUCAAGAACAAUUAGGUAGUGAAAAUCUGUUUGAAAGGUACAAGUAUAUCUUUGCAGAAAAUGGACUUGUUGCAUUCAAGGAUGGCAAAGCUCUGCCGUCGCAAUCGAUCCAGGACAUGUUGGGAGAGGAUGUUUUACAGGAUUUUAUAAAUUUUGUUUUGCGAUACAUAUCCGAGUUGAAGUUGCCAUUUAAACGUGGAACAUUUGUGGAAUUUCGUACAGGCAUGAUGAACAUUUCGCCAACAGGACGAAAUUGCACCAAGAAAGAACGCGAACAGUUUUUUGAAUACGACAGUGAACAUCACAUCCGCGAAAAAUUUAUACAAGCCCUUAAAAAGGAGUUUCCUGAUUUGGCUCUGACCUACAGUAUUGGGGGACAGAUCUCUUUUGAUGUUUUUCCUAUCGGUUGGGAUAAAACAUAUUGUUUACGUCAUAUCCAGGGGUAUGACGAAAUACAUUUCUUCGGUGAUAAAACGGCGGAGGGCGGUAACGAUCACGAGAUUUACGAGAGCGAUUUGACGAUAGGACAUCGCGUCACUUGUCCCAAGGACACAAUGAAUCAAUUGAACGUCCUUAUAGCACUCGUAAAAGAGAAUAGAGAAAGGGAGCAGCUUAGUGUUUCGUUACAAUGUGUUUAAUAAGUCUAAGAAUUAUAGUUUUUUAGGUCAAAAUAAAUUUAUAUUUUCAAUACAUAUAAUAUACUAGCAAACUAGUAUUCCCUUUUUUUUUUCAAUUUUUUGCCGCUGAUGUAACAUUCCUGGUAAUAAAAGCAUAGAGUAUUU